UCCGCGACCGCCGUUCUCCGUCACGUGGUUUCCGAGGUGGGGCGGAAGUGUAUUGUGGGGAGUGUGGUUCCGGUGCGUAGAAGCUACCCGGGGACCCCGGAGAGGACUACAACUCCCAACGUUACCCUCUUUCCUCGUUUCCGUCUGCCCCACCAGAUUGAUCGUCCUCCCCCCUCCCUUCGGGAGAACCGUCUGCACACCCCAAUCAUGAGGGAUAAACAGAAGAGGCGGAGGGAGCGCACGUGGGCCGAGGCCGCCAAGAUGGUUUUGGAGAAUUACUCAGACGCACCGAUGACCCCAAAACAGAUCCUGAAUGUGAUUGAGGCCGAGGGGCUGAAAGAGACAAAAAGCGGAUCGUCCCCACUUGCUUGCCUGAACACCAUGUUACAUUCUAACUCCAGAACCCGAGAGGCUCUUUUCUACAAGCUCCCAGGACGGAUCAGCCUGUUCACCAUGAAGAAGAAUGCAGUGCAGUGGUCUCGUGUUGUGUCGCUGCCUGAAGAUGGGGACACAGAAGACACAGCGGAUGAGGAGAGCAGCCAAUGGAGCGAGAGCAACGCAGGCAAUGCAGUGGAGUCCUCCGGAAGUGCGUCCUCUUCCCAAGAGUCUCACGUCAGGGAAACCAGGUCUCUGGUGCAGGUCAAUAAGCAGAAAAGAAGAAGCGGAGUUCUGAUGCCUCGUGUCGUUCUGACGCCUCUGAAAGUCAACGGGGCCCAUUUACCGUCAACCUCGGGCUUGUCUGUUCGUCGUGCAGAGGGCGAGUCCUCCAGUAACCGAACCAUAGGGAGCAAUUUGACCUUUCACAGACGUGCAGCACUGAGUGGAAACUCCACGCGUCAUCUCAGAAGUAUGAAGAGUUCCCCGGUAACAGGGCAAGUGAAGAAGAACAAAGAAGAAGAGAUUGAUUUCGAAACCCCGGGUUCCAUUCUUGUGAACACCAACCUUCGCGCACUGAUCAACGUCCGGACGUUUAAUGCGCUCCCACACAAUCUUCAACAGCAGCUGCUCCUCCUACUCCCGGAGGUGGACAGACAGGUCACUCCAGACGGACAGAUGAAGAUGAGUGGCAGUGCCCUAAAUAAUGAGUUCUUUGCCCACGCCUGUCAGAGAUGGAGGGAGAGGCUGGCAGAUGGUGAAUUUACACCAGAGAUGCAGCUGCGAAUGAGACAAGAGAUGGGCAAAGAGAAGAAGGUGGAAGAUUGGAAGGAGAAGUUUUUCGAGGACUUUUAUGGGCAGAAACUUGGACUGUCUCAGGAUCCAGGUUCAGACCCAGACGAGAAAUGCAACCAACCUGACUCCACAUGUGAAGCUCUACAGAGGACCAGCCCGGUGCCUAUUCACGUUGAAGAAUCCCUUCCAGAGAUUCGGGGCAGACUGCGGCGGAGCCUGUGCAGAAACAGAGAGAGAUUGCAGCAAACCCUUCCAAUGGCUUCUAAAGCAAAAAUCUCCUCCUCUCCUCCUCCUGCUCCUCCCAAGGCAGCCGAGGAUGCCAGCCCAGCUUCCGAGAACAGACUGUCCCCCGCGGAGGCCGUAAACCUUCCAUCCACUUCUGACCGGGUCCCAGAGCUUCAUCCCGAGAACUGCGAGCAGAAAAGGAAGAUCGCCGAUCCCGAGAGCUCCAGCGCCUCCUUCGAGAAGAAGCCGCGAAUGGAACAGCGUCAGUCCUUUCGUAACACAAUUACAAGUGUUCACCCAGAAAAGCCACAGCCCACCAAAGAAGAACCAAAAGUCCCCCCAAUCCGGAUCCAGCUUUCUCGCAUCAAACCUCCCUGGGUGGUUAAAGGUCUGCCAGCUUACCAGAUCUGUCCCCGGAUCAUCCCAAACCCUGAUCCCCCUGGGUGCCAACUUACUCCCUGCUCACCUGCUGACAGUCAGACCAGUGGCCAUGACCUCCAGACUUCCAUCGGUGGUGGCGGGGGUCCGGGGGGAGGUCACAGCGACAGGGAGAAGAGCAGCUGGUCCAGGGACUCCAAAAGGAGGAGAUCAGCAAAGGGAAGCCAUGGAAAGAAGCCAGCAGAUUGCUGCAGAACACAAUUACUGCCGUCCGCUAUAGUGAGGGACUCGGCAGACAAACCUCAAGUUCCUCGAGUCAAAAUCACUUGGACAAACAGUUCUCCAGAGACAAAAGAGCAUGGCCUCUCUGGCACAACGGUGACCAAAGAGUGGCACGUCAACGAGGUGGUCUCUGGCGAGGUCGGCUCUGGUGCCCCAUCUUUGGAUUACUGUAAGGGUGAGACUCCUGAUAAAGCUGCAAAUAUCUGUGAUAAGGAGGAUCCUAUGGAUGUCAAAGGGGGAGAAAAUGUCAGAGUUGGCCGGCCGGCUUCCGUUCUAGUCGGGGAUUCCAUGGGUCAAGGGAACUUUGGACAAUCCGAAACCGUGUCCUGUGUUCUCGGCGAUGUGUCCAAUACUUUUCAGAACAGAAUUAAGCUUGUCAACUCAAGCUCAACCGAAAAGGAUUCUUCUGACAAAAAUAGUGAAAGUGUCAUGGAGUCCUCACAACCAGACCUCCAAGAGGCCACAAAUCCACCCGCUGUUGAAUCACAGCCGGCCAGCACCUCAACCGACAACGAACAUUGGGACUGUGCUACCGGUACUGAACCAGGUCCUUGUAAGUCCAUCAACAUAUCGCAUGUUCUGGAUGUACGGGAGUCUGACUUGUGGGACGGUGCGGAACAAAAUCAGACACCCAAGUUGAUGGGGUCUCCUCGCUCGCCGUCAUGUGCUCCUGUCCAAACCACUGAUGUCUCUUCCCUGCAAACGGACUUGAACUUUGAAAACAAGGUUGAAGAUGCUUUACCUCCCAACGGCCUCAACGAGUGUCUCAAGGGUUCUUUGCCCCUGGCCGAUCCUGCCGGUGACGUUCCCAAGGAACAAGUGUCGGAGUGUCCCACCUUAAUCUCCAAAGAUGCAUAUUUGUGGGCAAACGCGAGUGAAGAGCCGCCAAGGUCUUGCUCGCGCCCCGGCGUCCCAGCUUUCGAAGCGUUAUUCCCGGAAGAAGGGGUGAUAAAUAAAAGGGGCGCAUUAAAGGUCGAGAAGCAUAGUUCUCAUAGUAUUGGUCUUUCUACCGACUCGGGACUCUUCCAGGGAGACGCAAAGCUGCGAAGAGGCCAAAGCGGGGGCGUGAAGCAGAAGCGCUCGCUGGCCAACUACGCCGAGCCCGUCGGCAAGGAACCUUUGCUCUUGGAUAUGCCGUUCGGCCCGUUUCCGAAGGAGGUCGAUCUCCACGUCAAGCUGCCGAUGGAUUUGCUGUCGCUACCGCCGCCGGGCAAAUUGAAACAAACUUUAUUCGGCAAGCUGUCGAAGCAAGCGCAGGAUGUGGCGUCCUACUGCUACUCGACCGGGGUGCGCCUCUCCUCCUUUCCCGGGGAGUACGCCGUCACUGGCGAGGCCUCCUUGUCUGUGGAAGUCUUCGCCGAGCACGAUAGCGGGGAGCACGUGUCGGUGCACUACUCCUGCAGCUUUAAAGCCAUGACCGUUUGCGAAGGGUGCGGAGCGUUCUGUCACAUCGACUGCAUAGGCCCCUCCAAGCUUUGUGUUUUGUGCCUUGUCAUAAGAUAGUAAA